AUGACCAAAACGCAAGACGAAGACACAAAAUUUUUCUCUUUUUCCCUUUCAUUCCUCUCCUCUUUCUCUCUUUCAUUCAUUUCUGAAUUCUUUACUACAUCCCAUUCUUCUUUCCCUCCUUUCUUCGUUUACUCCUUUAUUCCUUUCUUCAUACUAUCUUUCUUUCUUUUCGCCAUUCUCGCUUUUUCCUUUCUUCUUUUUCUCCCUAUUUCCUCCCCUUCUUUCCUUUUUUCUUUCUUCUUUAUCAUAUUAUUUCCUCUACUUUCUGUCUUUCUUCCCUUUCUUCAUUAUUUUUUCCUUUAUUUUUCUUUCUCUCUUUUUCUUUUUUUAUUCCCUCUUUCUUUUCUUUAUUCAUUCUCUUCUUUUUCCUUUCUUUUUCUCCAUAUUUGUCUUCUACCUCUCUUUCUUUAUUAUACUCUGUCUUUUCAAGGUUGCCCCAAAUUUUCUUUUUGCCUAUCUAUCUAUCUAUCUAUCUAUCUAUCUAUCUAUCUAUCUCAGUCUGUUCAUAUCUAUCUAUCUAUCUAUCUAUCUCAGUCUGUUCAUAUCUAUCUAUCUAUCUAUCUAUCUAUCUAUCUAUCUAUCUAUCUAUCUCAUUCUGGCCAUAUCUAUCUAUCUAUCUAUCUAUCUAUCUAUCUAUCUAUCUAUCUAUCUAUCUCAGUCUGUUCAUAUCUAUCUAUCUAUCUAUCUAUCUAUCUCAGUCUGUACAUAUCUAUCUAUCUAUCUAUCUAUCUAUCUAUCUAUCUCUGUAUCAGUCUGUUCAUAUCUAUCUACCUUUCUAUCUCAGUCUGUUCAUAUCUAUCUAUCUAUCUAUCUAUCUAUCUAUCUAUCUAUCUAUCUAUCUAUCUAUCUCAUUCUGGUCAUAUCUAUCUAUCUAUCUAUCUAUCUAUCUAUCUAUCUAAGAAUACGCUGAAAAGGAGUCAUCUAUCUAUCUAUCUAUCUAUCUAUCUAUCUAUCUAUCUAUCUAUCUAUCUAUCUGAUUCUGUUCAUAUCUAUCUAUCUAUCUAUCUAUCUAUCUAUCUAUCUAUCUAUCUUAGUUUGUUCAUUUCUAUCUAUCUGCCUGUUCAUAUCUACCUAUGUAUCAGUCUGUUCAUAUCUAUCUAUCUAUCUAUCUAUCUAUCUAUCUAUCUAUCUAUCUAUCUAUCUAUCAGUCUAUCUCAGUCUGUUCAUAUCUAUCUAUCUAUCUAUCUAUCUAUCUAUCUAUCUAUCUAUCUGCUUCGUAGAUGA